AUGCCUCACGUUAAACUAUCAGCUUUUAAUCAAAAUCUAGAACUGUACUAUGAAAUUCAUGGUUCUGGACAAAUCAAAAUUUUAUUUAUUAUGGGCCUACUGACUGAUGGUGGUGCCUGGAGUUGUCAAACGGAAUUCUUUGGUCAACAACCAGACUAUCAAUGCGUUAGUUAUGAUAAUCGUGGUUGUGGUCGUUCGUCAUCUCCAUUUACAUUUGAAUAUACGACAACACAAAUGGCUAAAGAUGCUCUUGCACUUAUAGAUCAUUUAAAAUGGCCAAAAUGUCAUGUUAUCGGUGUAUCAAUGGGUGGUAUGAUUUCACUUGAAUUUGCUUUAUUAGCCCCGGAAAGAGUGCUUUCAUUGACUUUAUUGGCAACACACGCUGGUGGUCUUGCUGGUCGUGCACCAUUUGUUGGUGUUCGCCAUAUACUACGUUCUUUAGUCAUACGUGAUGAACAUUUACUUAUUGAAAAUGCUAUUACAAUGCUUUAUGGCCCAAAAAUUCUUAAUGAUCCGGAAAAAAGAAAAAUCUUUUAUAAUUAUCAUACUGAAAGAUUUAGAAAACGUACUCCACCAAAACUCAUUGGUAUACUAGGACACAUGUUAGCUGUUCAACGACAUUAUGUUAGUUAUGCUGAUUUACUUAAAAUUCGUUAUGCACCAUUUGAUUGUUUAAUAAUGGUUGGAACAGAAGAUCGACUUGUACGAGAAGCGAAUUCAUAUAUUAUUCAAAAAACACUUGGCUGUCGACUCGUUAAACUUGAGCAUGCAGGACAUGGUUUACCAGGCGAAUGUGCAAAAGAAAUUAACGAGGAAUUAUUCGAUCUAUUUGAAUCAGUGCGAAAAAAUGAUUCAUCUAAAGUUAAACGGGAAAUUCCGGCAGAAUAUAAAACAGAAAUUCAAGCACUUGAACAAUGUUGUCAACAUCGUACACAUUGUUUUAUGUAUAAUUUUGUUGGACUAAUAUAUGGUUUAUUUUCCGGUAUAACAUUGUACGUUCUAUUAGCUUGUUUCGGUGUAAUAAAAGGCGAAUCACUCGGAAUACAUGUAACUAUGAAUACUGUGAUAUUAAUUGGAUGUUUAAAUGGACUUCGUCGAGCAAUAACAUGUGUGUAUCAUGCAUUCCAUGCACGACGAUUUGUUCAACAACAGCGAUUACUACUCGAUCGAGCAGCACAUCAUGGUGGUAUUGGUGUUGCUUUACCUGAACAACCAAAAAAUGGUAUACCACAUGGUUGCGGAUUCGAAUAUCCAAUUCAUUCGAUUCUGUUCAUCAUUAGUCUUGUCGGUUUUAUUUAUUCAACAAAACUUUAUCAAUAA